AUGUGUGAUCCUACGCGAAAAAAAGCCUGCGCCCCUUCGGACAGUAAUGAAGACGGAGAGAAAAUGACUGGUUUAGCCUCCACUCUGGCUCCUAACCCUCGUCAGUCGAGCGUCCUGGUUCCGCAUGUACAUCCUUUGGAAUUACCUGCUCGAUUUAAGAGCAAAGGCCAGUCCAAAGUAAAGCAUGAGAGCGCACCAGUCAAGGCUGAAAAUCUGUCUGAGGACGUGCGGUCCACUUUACACGAGGCAGAGAUGGAGCAGGAGUUUGCCCGAAUUCCCGGGGAGCGUACCCGUUUAGGAGACGUUGCGAGCAUUGUUACGCAGAAUGCCCGAUCCUCAACCGGCGGCGGUCAGCAUCCUUCAACACAAAUACUCGUAGAUCUCAGUGGCCGACCUGAACUUUUUACGUUGGCCCGCUCAGCGGUGACCAAGUUCCUUGCCGACAGCGGGACUCAGGGUGGCAAGCGUCGAAACGGCUCAACC